AUGGGAAAGCUUAUCAAGAACCACUGGGCCCGUCUGAUAAUCCUCACGGCUGCAGCCUACCAAGUCGCAGCUGGAGUCCACGGUUACUUCUGGCCCAAAAUCUUCUGGGACUUCUUAACCAAGAACCUCGACGGAGCGGUGAAGCCUUUCCCCAUAUUGCAAACCAUCAAUGUGAUAGCUGGGAUUUUUAUGUUUGCGUGGGAAUGGCCGCUGGGAUUACUGGCCGGGUCGUGGUUGCACCGCAGUAUUGAGGCGAGAUUGGUGGUGCUUCCGAUGACGAUUCUGGUUUCUGCUCUGUUGUACCAGGCAACCAAUGCGGCGUUAUAUUAUCUGGUGGGCAUGAUUGUAUAUUUCUGGGCAUACAGUGAAGGAGAGGUUGUGGUAGCCAAACCAUGGUCACUUCCCCCUCGAAACAGGCCAGGGAAAGUAUAG